CGUAUUUCUCGAGCAUUAAAUAGUAGUUAAAGAGUUUAAAUUCGAUUAAUAAGUACGUAGUAAUUUAAAAUAAUGGAUUUCGGCUUACAAGAAUUGCUAAUAAUAACUGCAGGAGUUAUUCUUGCAAUUUAUUAUUGGUCGACAUCAACGCACUAUUACUGGAAGCAAUUAGGCGUUCGUGGUCCAAAACCAACGCCGCUUGUCGGCAACAUGGGUCCGGUUUUCUUCGGCAGAAUGUCAAUAAACGAAUUAUUGAUGAAACUAUAUAAGAAGUGGAAAAAUGAAGGCUUUAUUGGAAUCUACAAUGCAAGAUUUCCGGUGCUAAUGAUUACCGAUCCCAAUUUAGUGCGUCAUGUUUUAAUAAAAGAUUUCCAUGUCUUCCCAGGUCGCGGAACAAAAGUAAAUGACAACGAUCCUCUAGGACAGCAUUUGGUUAGUCUCGAAGGUCAUAAGUGGAAAGUAAUGAGAGCUAAAUUAACGCCGAUUUUUACCACAGGUAAACUCAAGCACAUGGUUGAUUUAAUGAUUGAGUGUGCGAAUCAUUUUGAAAAGUAUCUGGAGAAUAAAAUCGGGAGUGGUAAAGUGCUUGAGUGUCGCGAGAUAGCGGCUAAAUUUACUACAGAUGUCAUUGGAUCUACUGCUUUUGGAAUUAAUAUGAAUGCGCUUGAAAAUGAGGACAGUCCUUUUAGAGUAGUAGGACGAAAAAUAUUUGAGCCGUCUGUUUACAAUAUGAUAAGACGAAUGCUUUUUGAUUAUUCACCGAAACUAUUAAAGCUUCUCAACAUGAUAGGUUCACGUAAAAACCACACUAAUUUCUUCAUCAAUUCUAUUCGAGAGACUAUGGAAUUUCGGGUAAAAGAGAAAAUUAUUCGCCACGAUUUGGUAGAUCUGUUGAUGGACAUAAAGAAAAAUCAAGAUGACAUUGAUUUUGAGGUAACUGAGGGUCUUCUGACAUCGCAAGCAUUCGUUUUCUUCCUCGCCGGUUUCGAAACUUCGUCAACCACGAUUUCUUUUGCUCUAUAUGAACUUGCAACUUCUCCCGAAGUUCAAGAAAAAUUAAGAUCUGAAAUUCGUGAAACACUGAAAUUAAACGACGGUCAGUUAUCAUAUGAUGUGAUCAAUGAGAUGAAGUACCUUAAUAUGGUCAUACAAGAAACUCUGAGGAAGAAUCCACCAGUUUCAGUAUUACGAAGGAAAUCAGUACAACCAUACAAAUUACCUGGAACUGAUAUCACUCUGCCUACUGGUACAGCAAUACAAAUUCCAGUAUACACUUUGCAUCACGAUGAACAGUAUUAUCCAAAGCCGGAAGUAUUUGAUCCCGAGAGAUUCAAUAAAAACGAAGCAAAAACUUCCCUCUCAGGAAUUUAUUUACCAUUUGGCGAUGGCCCAAAAAAUUGCAUUGGGGCGAGAUUCGCUAGUUAUCAAUCGAAACUGGGACUGGUUACAAUAUUGAAGAACUAUAGAGUGUCGCCUUCCGAAUCUACUACAGUACCAUACAAAAUUGAUAAAACCGCCAUAAUAUUAUCUGCUGCAGGAGGCAUGAAUUUAAAAUUUGAG